GGCAGGCAAUGCAGACAGAGGGAAUCUUUGUAUGUUGUCUUGUAUUUGGCUGAGCGGAGCCUCUGUCUCUCAUUAAUAUUCCAGUCUGCAUGAACAUGAGGUGGCUUCUUUUCACUCUCUUAACAGCUUACUAUCAACAGUUUCUCUGCAGUCCUGGAGAGACUGAGAACACUGUACUCAUGGCUGGGGGAAAAGUAGCAGGUGCAGAAGUCAUGGACCGCAGAGUGUUCUGUCAAUGGCCGUGUAAAUGUUCACAUGAACGCACAUGCCCGAGAGGAGUAAGCUUAGUGAAGGAUGGCUGUGGAUGCUGCAAAAUUUGUGCAAAACAGCUAGGCGAAAGCUGUAAUGAGGGAGAUGUAUGUGAUCAUCAUAGAGGCCUAUAUUGUGAUUAUUCCGCUGACGCACCCAAGUUUGAAGUCGGAAUUUGUAAAUAUCUGCUAGCUGUCGGAUGUGUACUUAAUGGGGUGCUCUACCAAAAUGGCCAGACUUUCCAACCAAGCCCCCUUUAUAUAUGUCUUUGUAUAAGUGACACUAUUGGAUGCACUCCCUUGCUCAUGUCAAAACAAGGGGGAAGUCAAUGCGUGGAGUCUACAGGUCUAAUUAAAAAGUCAGAACAAUCAAGCUGUGCUCUAGAAAAGGUCCAACAGGUAACAGACUCCAAAUUCGUACCAGUUUAUAAGGUUUUGCCUCUCGUGUGGAAAAGAAAAUGCCUGGUUCAAGCAACUCAAUGGAGUCCUUGUUCAAAAACGUGUGACAUGGGCAUGUCAAUCAGAGUAACUAACGAGAAUAGCAAAUGUGAAUUAAGGAAGGACAGAAGGCUGUGCUACCUUCGCCCAUGUAAUUCUACCCUACUCAACAGCAUUGAGAUCCCAAAGGAUAAAACUUGCCAGCCUACAAUCCAGGCUUUACAACCUAUGAAAUUUGUUUUGUCUGAAUGCUCAUCAGUUCGCAACUAUAGGCCUACAUACUGCGGAGUGUGCAAAGAUCGGAGAUGCUGUGUACCAAACAAAUCAAAAAUGAUAACCGUCCAGUUCCACUGCCCAGGGGAGGGCUCGUUCACAUGGAAGAUGAUGUGGAUCACAUCUUGUGUUUGUCAGAAGUUCUGCAGUGAUCCUGGAGAUAUAUUUCCCCAUUUAAAAAUUUUGUGAAAGUUGUGACUCUUAAAAAUUUCUGACAGAAAGAGUUCGAUUCUAUUAUGGAAGAUAAUUAUAUCACCAGUAAUUACUGAUGUCAAUGCGAAAAAUGCUAUCCAGAUACCAGAGUUAAAGGAAAACCCCAAGCUUCAUUACAACUACUGCAUGGUGUACUGGGUAUGAUGCCAGGAGUGCCCUGGGAACCCCCCAAUGUAUGUAGUCCAACCAUUUGCUAACAGUGUGAUUUCUUACCUGCAGUCUGUUGGGUGCCGGUUACUGACUUUAUGGCAAGUUGGAAACUCAUGUGUGGAGUUCCGUUAGCUCUCCUGAGAUAAACUUUGUUGUGCAGGGCCAGCUCAUUGACCUAGAGUGUCAGCUGAUUCUUCUCAGCCAAUGAGCUAAGCCCAGCAACACCGGACUUAGCUCGGCACAGACAGCACUCAUACAGCCAGUGACUGGCACCUGGACCCCUGUUAACAAGUGGUUUCACUACAUAUGGUACUCCUGGCAUCAUAACCACUAAAGCACACAUAGUGGGUAUGAUGCUUGAAGAAUGCAUUUAAAUGGAUACAAUAGGCACCAAAACAAUUUUGGCCUAAUAAAGUAGUUUUGGUGUAUAGAUCAUGCCUCUUUAGUCUCACUACUCAAUUAUCUAUCGCUUCCUGUAAACAUAGAUGUUCAACCUCCUUUUAUUUCACAUUCUGUUCAUGUCUCCCAACUGUUCCACUUUUGGUGGGACAGUCCCAUUUUAGCUGCCAGACAUCCUGCAUCUGAGGACACCAAGGAACUGUCCCCGAGCCGCACAGAGCGAGCGCAUUAUUUGUCAUGCUCUCAAUGUGCCACUGGCACUAUCACCAUGCAGGGAGUGUUCAGCAGUACUCCCUGCAUAGUCCUGAUAACUGGGGGCUAGCCAUGCUAUCAGGUGACGGGCCUGCCCCUUUUCUGGAUGGCCCCACCCAUUGUAGGCAUCACUGGCUACACCCACCAUCCUGACUUGUGGAGGCUGAAUGUUGGGAGGUAUGUUCUGUUUAAUUUAGAAUUUCUUAUCUCCUGCUCUAACUAAUAGCCUGCUAAACCCUGCAGGAACAGGAGAUUAGUAUUCAAUUUAGAUAAAAACCUCUAAAGUAAGUUCAAGAUCUGGUUGAAUAUGACCCUUUUUUUUUUUUU